AUGCACCUGAUGAUGAAUUACAUCCGUGGCAUUGCUUAUCAGGAGGACUACAAUGCUGGAGGAGCCGAAGGUACCGGUCAAUCAAAUGGUAUUCAUUACACCGAUCCUCUGGCGGAUGGCUCGCACUGCGAUCGUGAUAUCCCCUAUCUCCAGCAAAUUCGCACCAACGUCAUUCGGACCUACGCUGUCGACCCGACCAAAGGUCACGAUACUUGUAUGAAGAAAUUGGCCGAUGCAGGAAUUUAUGUUAUUGCCGAUCUCUCAUCUCCUCAGUUGUCAAUUGUCUCCAACUCUCCGUCUUGGACUGUUGAACUGUACGGCCGUUAUACUGCUGUGGUUGAUGCCUUCCACCAGUAUGAUAACGUGAUUGGGUUCUUUGCUGGCAACGAGGUUGUGGACAAAGUGAACCAGACAAUGGGCUCAGCAUUUGUCAAAGCAGCAGUUCGCGACAUGAAAGCCUACGUCAAAGCUAAGGGAUACAGGAAGUCCUUGGGGUUUGGUUACGCAACUACCGAUCAACCAGAUUUUCGUAACGAGCUGACAGACUAUCUCGGCUGUGGAGAUCAGUCUACUUCCAUUGAUUUCUUCGGUUACAAUAUCUACGAGUGGUGUGGAGACAACACGUUCCAGGGCUCCGGUUACAAAAACCUCACCGAGCAGUACAAGGAUUAUCCUAUCCCGAUCUUCUUCUCUGAAUACGGAUGCAACACGGUCAGGCCUCGCAAGUUUGGCGAUGUCUCUGCAAUUUUCGGACCGGAUAUGGAAAAUGUCUGGAGCGGUGGCAUUGUCUACAUGUACUUCCAAAGUACCAACAACUACGGGCUCGUUUCUGUCGACGGGGACUCAGUCAGUACUCAGCAAGACUUCGGCUAUUACUCGAAGGCGAUUCAAACUGCCACUCCCAGUGGUGUCAACAGCGGCAGCUACACCCCCACAAACUCUCCACGCGCUUGUCCCACCGUCGAUGAAAAGUGGUUGGCAAAGUCCAGUCCCCUACCACCUUCUCCGAACAAAGAACUGUGUUCCUGUAUGGUGGACGGUCUGUCGUGUGUAGCCAGUCAAUCUCUGCAUACCGACCAAUAUGGCGAUCUGUUUGGUACAGUCUGCGGAAGCGACAAGAGUGCCUGCGAUGGAAUUUCCCAAAACGCAACCACGGGGCAGUACGGUGCCUAUGGUAUCUGCGCCAACAAGGAUAAACUCUCUUAUGUCUUUGAUCGCUACUACCAGGGCCAAAAGAAGGACCAUUCGGCGUGCGAUUUCAAAGGGGCAGCGUCCAUCCAGUCUGCCAGGAAUCCAUCUGGAAGUUGCAAGUCACUUCUCAACCAGGCUGGCAUAGCUGGCACGGGCCAAGUCCCGGCGAUAACAGCGUCCCCAUCUAAGGGAGAAUGUGCGUGUCAGAAGGGACCACUUGGUGACGAAUACCCCACAUGGAUUUCAUGGUUAGUCUUGAUUGUGGUCUUCUUGGCUAGCCUGUACUUGAGCAACUACUUUCCCCAGUAUUACCUACGUCAUUAUCCACGUCACCAGCAGCAAUAA